AUGGAUCCUCCCGUUCGUACCAGGAUUGUACAAGCUUAUUCGUCCAUCAAGGACGAUCUUCCUGUGGGCGUCAACCCUGUGGUGAAAGUGCCUCUCUCGAUUUGGACACACAACACCAAGCUCCACAUCAACGAAAUCGAGCCUAUGGAUACUGGCGGCGGUGGCACGGCUGGUGGCGCGGCUGGUGGCACUACGUACAACCAGCUCCAGCAGCUCAUUGCGCAAGAAGGUAGGACCCGCGACAGUUCCGCUGCAGCUUUGCGAGGUUGGUUGGAGACUUGGCUUGGCGCGGAGCUGAGGAAACUCAAUGGCAACAUUUGCAGGAUUGCUGUUCAGCCUCCUAGGAUGGCCACACCUGGCCAGGUAGAUGCUAAUCUUUUUAGAAAUGGAUUGACUGUGGAAAGGACUCGCCGGAAUGGUCAGACUAGCCUCAGGUACAGAAGCGCUGUGGCUACUCCUGCUGACAGUAGGCCUGCCAAGCUAUCCAAGUACAGGAAUAUUGGCCCUGCUUGGACAGAGUGGAUUGAUGGUAUUGAUGGAAACAAGCCAGCCAAGAACUUCACUCCUGAAGAGAUCAGGGCUUGCAAGUCUACCUACUCCAGGAGGAAGUCACUCUGGGACCUCAUGGCUAAACUUGUUAAUUCUGGCAAAGCUCCAGCUUGGGUCAUUAGCAAGAUCGACCAUCACUACACAGGAAGUGUUUUGAAUAUUGCUGCUGCCAUCAAGCAGGACACCAUUAUGAACAGUCUGCAUGAGGAUCUUUGUAUUGUUCGUGCUCAGUAA